GGUCUUUUGAAUGAAGCCGUUAACGGGCUUCUCUUUAUCUGAAUGUACGCCAUCUUUAAAUAGUACUUGAAUUUUUUUGCCCCCAUUUCAUUCAUAUUUUUUUCACGAAAAGUUCAAAUAGAUUGGUGAAAAUUUAAAAUAAUUUUGUCGAAUUUAUUACGAAUGUGAAAAAUGUUCGUUGUGAUGUGAAUUCGGUCGAUACAAUUGCAGUCGAACCGGUAGUAGUGAAUAUGCGUCAAAGGAGAAAUCAAGCUGAAUACGAAUGCACCAAUACAGAGUAAAUACAGCACUUAUACCAACCGACCGAAAUUCUCGUAAACACACAUUUACAGUCAUUUGCGACCGCCAUUUUCGCUUGAUUUUUUUGUCAGAAGACUCACUCGGUGUGUUUACGUACACAAAUAAAAACGAAAAAUUAAACGAAAUUCUAAAAAUUAUCUAAAAGAAAAUCCACGUAAUUCCAUUGUAAAUUGGUAAAUGUGUGUAUAGCGCGUAUAAAAAUUGUGAUUGGUGAUGGAUAAAUGGUCGAAUUUAUUGAAUAUUUGUGGUGUGUAAGCGUCGCAUCAAAACAAUCAUCAAACAACAUUUCAGUGAAGUGUUCCACUAUCUUAGUUCCAGUACAAAUUUGAUGCAUCACAACAACUUUGCGGGCCCGUAUCGUUCUAUUUUGCGCCAAAUUUGCCGUCGCAAAAACAUUUGUGUUAUGUAAAAUUCAAGUGGCGAACUUGUAUAAUGCACAUACUAAUUCUCGGAAAUGAACCAUAAAAAUGAUUAUUUUUACCAUUUGUGCGAUGCGCUUGCUAUACAUGUACAGUUAAGAGUGCGAAGAGAGAAGGGUGCAUAGAAAUGACCGAAAAGUGAAGCAAACCAAUCAACAUCGAAAUAUUUUGAAAAAACCAAAAAUUUCGACAAACUAGAAGAAAAAAAACACUAUGAUCGAUUUAUAAACUGAAACGGCAUUUUGCUGAACAAAUUUUUUGUGUUUAGUUUUCCAUUUUUCGUUUUUUUUUUUGGUUUCAAAUAUUCUAAAAUUUGGUGAAAAUUGACGACAGGAGAGAGAGAGAGAGAGAGAGAGAGAGAGAGAGAGAGAGAGAGAGAGAGAGAAAAAAAACUAACUUUGAAUCCAAUUCGAUUCAAUGUGUGUGUGCGUAUAUGUGUGCAAAGAGGAAGAUUUUGAUGAGAGCGCCAAUAAACACGAAUUGAAUUCGUAGCGCGCGCUGUCAAUUUGCUAACCGAACAAUAACCUAAACAUAAACACCGAAAUGUUUUCGAUGCAGUGCAAUUAAAACGGACACAGCAUUCGAUCAACAAAUUUCGUUAAAUUUUUGUUUCUCUUGGUAUUGUGUGAACAAAAGAAAAUAAUCAACAAAAUAAAAUCGACAGAAAACAAAAGAAACACUGUUAAAAGAAGAAGAAAAAGAAGGAAAAGGUGAAAUUCUGCCAAAAUUAGCAGUGUGUGAAUAGUGUGAAUUGAAUAGAAUUCGUUUAGUUUAUUUGUAUUGUUAUCAAAAUGUUUUACGCACAUAUUGUGUUGGCCAAGAAAGGGCCAUUGGCCCGAAUUUGGUUGGCGGCGCAUUGGGACAAGAAAUUGACCAAGGCACAUGUCUUUGAGACAAACAUCGAACAAAGUGUGGAUGGUAUCAUGCAACCGAAAGUCAAAUUAGCGUUGCGUACAUCGGGUCACUUGCUGCUCGGUGUCGUUCGAAUCUACUCACGCAAAGCCAAAUAUUUGCUUGCCGAUUGUAAUGAGGCUUUUGUCAAAAUUAAAAUGGCAUUCCGGCCGGGCAUGGUCGAUUUGCCGGAAGAACAUCGCGAGGCGGCCGUUAAUGCAAUCACACUUCCCGAAGUGUUCCAUGAUUUCGACACGGCGUUACCCGAAUUGAAUGAUGUGGAUAUAGAAGCACAAUUUUCUAUAAAUCAAUCGAGAGCGGAUGAAAUCACAAUGCGAGAAGACUAUGGAAACCUUCCAAUGACCAUUCAUGAUGACGGUUUCGGUGAUAUCGGCUUCGAUGCCGACGGUCCAGAUUUUAUUCGCGACGAUGUUGAUGCACACAUUGAUGAACACUUGAUUAGUGACGAUUUGGAGCUCGACGAAGGUUCAUUGAAGGAACCAGUGGCCGGGACAUCGCGAAUGCAAGAUAUUGACUCGUCACAAAUGAUCACCGACGAUGGUUUUGGCGGCAGUAGUUUUGGCCAAGAGCCAGCUGCUGGUCUAUUCGAAGGUGAUUUAUUUGCCGAUGCACCAUUACCACAGUCCACUAUACCACAAAUUGAACAUGAUUCCGACGAUGAUCUGGAUGGCGGUUGGGAUAUGGGAGCACGUUCAACAGCAUCAAGCUCUGCUGGUUCGAGACCGCCAACGCCAAUGCAAGUUGGAACAUCACAGUUGAUGGAUAUGGGAGCGCCAUCAGUAACAUCGCCCACACAACAGCUGGACGAUUUGGGUGGUCCGCAUGUCGAAGGUGCCGAGACAUCGGUGGACGAAGGUUUGCCAGGUGCUGUUCCUGACGUGGUCGAAAGUGCACUUGAUCAAGAAGACGAGCACGAGCCACACGAUGAGGAAAGUUUUGCAUUGGCACCGAUCGAUGCAUCAGCGCUCAAAGGAGUCACAAAAACAAAGCGAAAACGAAAGCUCAUCGUUGAUGAGGUGAAAAAUAUCUCGGGUGAAGAGAUGAAAAGUCAGCUGGCCAAUACAUCUGACAUUAUUACCACAUUGGAUUUGGCGCCGCCAACAAAACGACUUAUGUACUGGAAGGAAACGGGUGGUGUUGAAAAAUUGUUCGCUCUGCCGUCAAGGGAUAUUCCGGCCAGAGAAUUGUCGAAGAAUUACCAACGAAAUUUGACGUCACGAUCGACGGGCGUUGAAGACUUUUCAAUGCUCGGACCACCAGAUGCGCUGGCAUUGGAUCAGUAUCAAGAACAACCGCAAGUUAUACUGCAGCAACCAGAGCCGGCGGUGCCUGGUAAACGUGGCCGAAAGCGAAAGAUCGCCGAAGCACCAGCCCCAGCAGCACCAGCAGCUGCAGCAGACGUAUCUCGACCGGUGGCUGAACUGCAAGACGACCAAUCGUUAGAUUUGCUACCACCACCAACACCCCAAAUGCCGAGCCCAGUUCACGAAGGUGUAUCACAUUUGGACGGAGAUAUUCCACUCGCAUUCACAUCAAACAAUUUGUCGGUUCCGGCUGGAAUGACACCGCUUCACGGUGGCAUGACGCCAGUAAGUUUGCAUGGAGAUUACGCAUCAGCGUUCACACCGUUGGAUCAUGGUAUGAUGACGCCACAGCAUCCGAGCAUCGAUCAAAUUGAGUCAAUACCAAAUCUGCCGGUUGAUCAAGUGUCAUCUAUCUUGAAUGGAACUGAAAUGGAUGGCUUCGCCAAUAUGGGCUACGACGACAGUCACCAAAUUGGCGGUCCAGGCAUGUCAGAACGCAUCGCAAGCGAUUGGAAUGAUGACUACGAUUUCCCACCAUCAGUUGUUGCACCUCAACCGGGCGAUGAGCAAAUGGAAAACGAAACGGACGAACAAUUCGAGGAACGUGUGCUCAACAAGCGAGCAGCUCAAAUGUUUGUUUCAGUACGUGCUCGCUUACAAAAGCAAGACAGCAUACAGUUAUCGGAUAUGACAUACAGAAACAAUCGAAAACAGGCGGCCCAAAAAUUCUACUCGUUGUUGGUAUUAAAGAAAUUCCAAGCGCUAGAAAUAAGACAAGACAUGGCAUAUGGUGAUAUCACUGUAACAAAAGGCAUCAUGUUUGAUAACCCAAAACUCUAAAUGGGGAGCACAUAUAAAAACACUCUCACAAUCUACCUAAAACACACCCACACUAUGUUACGAUAAUAAGAUGCUUUACACCCUAUUGAUUUGCCUAUAGAGACUUAGAAUUUAAGUGAAACUAAAUAUAAAAUCAAUGAACCCGUUUCUAUGUCUAACUUUUUCCAAUGCAAGAAAGAAAAAAAAGAACAACAACAAAAUCCAACUAAAA